UAGCGGGCGCGCGCGCGGGUUCGAGAACGCGCGGAACGCCGGCGGCGGACUGUGGGGAGCCGCGGCGACCAUUGCUGCGCGCACUCUCUAAUGGCGGCGGCGAGCCAGAGUGUCCCGUCGGUACUGGCAUGAGGCAGAGGCAGUGGCAGUGGCGCUGCCCGUGGUGGCGGGCGUUGGCGGCGGCGACGACGGAGCGUGUUUGAGUCAGGACCGAGGUCCGAGGCGCGCUCUCCCCCGACAGACAUGAGUCGUCAAACCGAAAGAGCAUUACCUACUGGAACCUCAACUGAAAGAGCAUUACCUACUGGAACCUCAACUGGUGCGCCCUCCUCCCGGAGGGCGCCUGUCUUGACUGACACCACUGUGUCCAACAAUGACUUGGCGAGUCUUUUUGAGUGUCCGGUCUGCCUUGACUAUGUGUUACCUCCAAUUAUACAGUGUCGGAGUGGCCAUCUUGUUUGUGGCAACUGUCGCCCAAAGCUCACACGUUGUCCAGCUUGCCGGGGCCCGCUGACAUCCAUUCGCAACUUGGCUAUGGAGAAACUGGCCAAUUUAGUACUUUUCCCCUGUAAGUACACCUCUUCAGGAUGUGGAAAAACUAUGCCACCCACAGAAAAAGCAGACCAUGAAGAACACUGUGAGUUUAGGCCCUGUCGUUGUCCUCGCCCUGGUACUUCCUGUGGGUGGCAAGGCUCCAUGGAUGCGGUAGUGCCGCAUCUGAUGCAGCACUAUAAUGACUCCAUUAUAACCCUGCAGGGAGAAGUUGUAGUUUUCCUUGCAGCCAACAUUCAUCUGGCUGUUACCCUUGAGUGGGUGAUGGUGCAGUCCUGUUUUGGGUUUCAGUUCUUACUAGUUUUGGAAAAACUGGAAAUCUACGAUGGUCACCAGAAAUUCUUUGCAAUUGUCCAGCUAAUAGGAACACGCGAGCAAGCUGAAAAUUUUACUUAUCAACUUGAGCUAAAUGGUAAUAGGCGGCGAUUGAGUUGGGAAGCCACGCCUCUAUCUAUUCAUGAGGGAAUUGCAACAGCCUUUAUCAACAGUGACUGCCUAAUAUUCGACCCUGAAGUUGCGGAACUUUUCGCAGAAAAUGGCAAUUUAAGCAUCGAUGUAACUAUUUCCAUGUGUUGAAAUGCUGAUCAAACAUUUUCUGACGAGUGUUUAAAACCAAUACAUUCAAUUUCACAGAGAAUAAGGCACCUGUCUUCCUACCAACCAGAAACUUUUGGUAGGUUCAAGCUAGAGACACUAAAGUAAAUAAAACGAAAGCGUGUUAAAUACAGGAAAUAGUUGCAUGUAAUAACACUAAUAUAUUUAAAAUAAGCCAACAGUAAACCACUGAAAAAAUAUAUGUAUGUUUAUACCCGAGAUGGGCAUCUUUUUGAAUUAAAAAAGGAACCUUUGAAAACUAAUUAUGAAUUUUUGUUUAUGGUAGAUUGAGUAUACUGUUGAAAAAUACUGGGUUCCUUUUUGUGUGCCUGUGCUCUGUGUGUGUGUGCACACGUGUGCAUGCUUGGAUUUCUCCUAUAACUGACAAGCCAUAUUGAGUGGUCUUGGACCACUGCAUAUCCCCUCUGUGAGUCAAUACAUAGUGUUCUUGCGUGUGUAUUUUUCAGUGUGUGUUUGUGUAUUUGCUAAUUUUUAAUUCUAGUUUUUAAUUAAAUAAAUUUGACUUUCUUUUCUGUAAAAGAAACUAAAAUUAUUCUUAUUUAUUUGAUAUCACCACAAAGAGUUUUUCAGGGCUUUGGAAAUGGAGCAUUUUGUAUUUGGUGUAG